CUUAUUGGCUUUAUUGUAUUUAUAAAUUGAUAAAAAAUUCGUAAGGCCAAUAGUAAAGGAUCUCCCACACACAGAAGGUCACGUUAUAUAAAAACCUGUUAGUACCAUCAGAUCCCAAUUAAAAACACACUUUAUUUUGUGUACUUAAAAAUAAAUCAGCCCUUGAAGGGCAUUAUAUAAUUAGCACGCAUAUGCUAAGAUGAUGUUCGAUGAAGGACAAUAUUACUCCCCUUCCGACGUGUUUAGUUGCAUAAACUCGAUCCCAAAUUCGAGGAAAAUAAAGAUGAAGAUGUUGAACAAGAGAAGAUUUAGCGACGAACAAGUGAAAUCACUCGAAUCAAUAUUCAAGAAUGAAACUAAACUCGAACCUAAGAAGAAAGUUCAAGUUGCUCGCGAGCUUGGUUUGCAACCACGACAAGUUGCAAUUUGGUUUCAAAACAAACGAGCACGAUACAAGUCUAAACAACUUGAGAAAGAUUACGACACUUUGAGAGCUAAUUAUAACUCCCUUGCAAAACGAUACGAUGAACUCAACAAGGAGAAACAAUCUUUAUUCGUCCAGCUACAAAAACUAAGAGAACAAGCAGAGAAGGAACAAGGAGGAGCAAGCAAUGAAAAUGAAAGUGAUUUAUCAAAGGAAGAAAUUAAAUCAGAGAGUGAAAACAAUAAUAAAACAACAAAAAAUGAUGAAAAAUUUGAAGAAAAACCAGCUUUAUCAUUAGAAGGAUCAGAAUAUGGGGCAUGUAGCAUCUUAUCAGAUGAAGGAUCAAGUGAAAAUACAAAUUAUUUCACAAUGGAAGAUGAAACAGAUCAUAUAUUAAGAAUGGUACAACAACCAGUUGAUCAUCAUGAUUCUUUUACAUCAGGAGAUCAAGGGUGGGAUGAUCUUCAUUCUCAUAGUUUAUUUGAUAGACCAGUUGAUAGUUUUCAAUGGUGUGAUUUUUGGUCUUAAUUUACUCGAUAUUCAGGGUAAAAUUGUGUACAUCUAAUCCUCUCCGUACCCUAUUCGCGGGAUUUGUAUUAGGGUUAUGCUUAUAAAUAGUUAUAUGAUUGUAGCUUGUAAGCAUUAGUUGGGGUAAAAGAGUGGGAUUUUAAGGUUUAUGUAGUGUUAGAUUUGAUUGAAUUAGACUCACUCUUGGAAGAUGGUAUGUAUUUAGUGAAGUAUGUAUAUACAUACAAGAUAGUAGAAUGAGUCAUGAAUAAAAAGAAAGUAGGGGAAUUGGAGAGAAUAAUGUAGGGGAAUUGUGGCAAAUUGAUGACGCAAGUUAAAACUAAGAUAAGAACUACUCUAAAACAUGAAACCAACUAAAAUUUGAGAUUUGCUUCAUUUUUAAUCACUAGAAAUUUCAAAAUUGAUGGAAAAUAUCAUGAGUUUUCAAUUUUAAAAAUUAAAAUCAAACAAGAUUUUAGUUUUAAUUUGUAUAUAUAAUUGAGACCAAAGCCUGAAAAUAUGACUAUGUAAUUACUUAACUAGUACAAGUCAUUCCAUGAAUAAGUUGAUUAGACCAUGAUAUUUCAAAGAUUGGUUGUGAAAUACGUUUACAGAGAAUGUUAAAAUCUUAAUCCCAAUUAUAUAAUAAAAACCUAAACAAAUUAUCGUAAAGAUCAUCGCUAAUAUUAUAAAAUCAUAAUCUUAUAAGUAAAAACAGACAGUUAUUAUUCACGAUUGAUUACAAAGCAUAGGUGAUUUGGACUAAAGUUUAAUUUGAUUAUCAAGAUAGUUUUUGAUCUAACUUCAAGUAACAAAACACUAUUUAACGUGCGAAAAAAAACUACAAACUCAUGUACGUUCCCUUCAGCUUUAUUGGUUGAAAUGGUCUGUAUACAUGUUAUUAGAAGUCAAUGUGACUAUCAAAAUAUGUCCACUAUUACUAUUUCACUAAUACUCCCUCUGUCUAGUCCGUCCUCUUUGAUUUGUAUCAAAGAGAAAGAGAGGUAAAGAGAAUGAGAUUUAUUUUUAAGAAAGUGGUAAUAAAUAAAUAGAGAGAAUGAAUUGUGCGGAUGAAAUUAAAAGAGAGUUAAAAUGUAUGUGUGGGAUUAAAAGAAAGUGAUAGGUCUUUUAUCCAAAAAUAGAAAUGAUGCAAAAUUAAGUGGGAUGAACCAAAAUGGAAAAUACUGUAAGUUCAAUGGGACAGAGAGUAGUUUAUUGUAUUUGAAAUGAUUUUGAACAAGAGGCCCUAACAGUAAUAAGGUUAGAAAUUUAUAAUAUUAAUGUUUUAUUUUUUUAUUAGGGAGUAGACUAAUAACGGGAAAAAGAAUUAAUUACAAAGUAAAAAUUCGUAUUCUGCUUGUAGGAAUAGUAAUGAACUUCUUAUUCUAUGAUCAUUAAGUUAUAAAGCACUUUAAAGAUUAGCUUACAAUAAUAAUAUCAAUUGAAAACUUGAUUUUUAUUUGUAGGUGUAUGACAAUUUUUCUAGUGAUAUUUUUUUCACAACAGUACUUGAGAA